UAAAAAAUGAAUAUCAAUCAUAAAUAUGGAAAAAGUGAUCAGAUAAUGCAUUAAGACUGACUCCAUAUAAUCUAAAAAAUAUAGUAUCACCCCCGGAGUUCCGGAUAUAGAAAAGGCCUGUUGUAUCACAUUUUAAUGAAAAGGGCGUCUAAUAUGGAGCCCCCCACCCCCUCCAAAAUCAAAAGAUCGAGUGUUUUUUAUUCUGUCUUGAAAAUAAGUAUCUGCUACUCUCAUCAAAACACUUUGGAUCUAUAUACUUCCUGGUCUCACUUCCCUUCACUUUCGUUUUGUUGUUUCUCUCUUGGCAUGCGUCUUAAAUGACGUUGACUGUUGCUAGGAAUUUCAAUCCAAUAAUAUGUGAAAAAAAAGUCAGUUGAGAAUUGUGUUUAAACGCGGAUGUUACUUAAAUCUACGUUGUUAUAAUAGAUUACUAAAUAUGGACGCACUAUAAUUCAGCCUGCUAUUCUAUCGUAAAAAACGGGAACUAAUAAAUACGUUUUCACGGAAAGUUUUCUAAAUUCUGUGUAUUUGUGUCAUUUAAUUAAUAAAUAAAAUGUGUGACGUUACAUCACCGAUUAUCCCCAUACACUAAGUAGUAUCCGGUAUCCCGGAUAUCCGUCGAAAAGUAUCUCUCUAUACUCCAGUCGAUUGGCUCAGUGCGUGUACAACGUUUGUUUCUCACUAAGUACAUCUAGGUCUUCUCUCAACACAGACGCGUGCAAAAUAUCACAACUUCACCAAGACAAACAUGUCAACUGAUUCCGUGUUAUUCCGAUUGGCUACCAAAAGGUUUGUCAAAUCGAUUGGUGGACCAAACUUACUUCCGGUGCCUAACGUCACUGCCGGUAAUUUGCUGUCGCCGCUUGGUAUCGUCGUGAAGAGACCAACGAAGAAAUGGUUUCGGCGAACUAAAUAUGAUUACUCAAUCAGACAAACAAAUAUCACCAACUUGCUUGAGGAUAAAUCUGAUUUGGAUGUAGAAAUGUCCGAAAUCCCACAUGUUCUCAACUGUAGAAGUUCUGAUUGCACUACUGUAGAAGCCCGUACCGGAUUAAGUGUCUUGAAAACGUUUUUUGCAAGUUGCAAAAUCAUUAGAUAUAAAUGUCACACCUUUACCUCCGGCAGAACGAAGACAAAAAAUGUAGCGAAAAGGCAUCUAAUGGAAGCCUUAAAGAACAGAAAAAUUGACGUGAAUGAUUUGGAGAUCCGACAGAUAUUACAAGCUUGUCGGGAUUCCGUCCUAUGUGUUGUUGUUAGUGUUAUACGAACGACAGAACGGAUGGAUAUAACAGAGGAAACGAAAACUGAAGUAGGCGGAGAUUUGAAGAUUGACUUGCCCGAUGGUAAAGGGGAACUGUCAUUCGGAAGGGGAAAAAAGAACUUCCCGGAACUUUCCAUAAACCCAACAGUCCUAGCGUACGAUGUGUGCGAGUUAGAGGUUGACAUGACAACAGGGGACAUGACUGUGCUGUUAGACCCUGAAUUACGCGGUGGAUUCAUCAAUUUUUGCAGUACGCUAGAUGUCUGUGAGUUUAUAACGGGAGGACCAUCUGAAAACUACAUGCGUUCCCUAUACGAAACAUUAAAAGAAAUGACGUCUGAAGAAAGGAACAUCGUCAGGGAGGUGGUAAGGACAACAGCUGAUGACGCGGAUAUCAUUUGCCAAAUUCUCUACCAAAGGAACAACUACCAAGACAGCGAUGAAUCAGGACUUGAAAAAGGCCUAAGGGGCCCGUUAUGGAGCAGGAGCAAUUCUUCUUGCUCAUCAACCUCCGAUUCGACUGGUUACGACACUGAUAGAACAUUACAAUCAAAUGAUGACGAAACACUGCCAAUUCAAACACCUCGCCCGGCUAGCUUCUACGAAGAUGACGAUGAUUCAGGCUCAGAUAUGUGUCCUCCGGACUUGUUUGAAAGUAUGAGCAAUUCUUCGUGCUCAACGACUUCGGGUUCGUCUGGUUGCCCCUCCGAGCCCGCAUCACCAACAAAUGAUGACGUCACAUCGCCAAUUAAAACCUCGUCGACUGACGUAUCGAUUGUGUCCCUGACAACAAAACCACUGGCUUUCCGGAGACUGCUGCAACAAGUCCUAGGAUGGGGCAUAAUGGAAAAUGGCACCAUGAUUCAGCCAAAUGACAAAAGUCGUAUGGAUUUGUUUGAGUGUUUCUUCGUGUUACUUAAAAGACUACACCAAGAAAGGACUGACGUCUUCGAAACUAUUUCAUCUUUAUCAUCCGAGACACGAAACGUGUUAUGGGAAGUGUAUCGUCAGAAGUUCGUCCCACGCGAUGAGGACAGGAGUGAAGACAGGAAACGCCAACUGUGUGAGGAAGUCAAGAAGCUUGAGAAGAUUGGAAAUGACAUAGAAGAGUUCACCAAGAUGGAACAACUGGUUGAAUACGUAGAAGAAAGAAGCUACACGAGAUGUGCUAUAUUCUCCAUGCUUCUUGCUUUAUCAUGAGUCGUAAUACUCGUAUUGGGUAAAUGAAAUCUAUCUGGAUUCGCUCCAACAUAGUAGGAAGUGACUAGCGACCCACUUCUGGCACUGUCCUGAUAGGAAUUAAUCUGUGGGAAAGUCGUAUGACAAGUUAUGACUGUGUAUUUUGUUUCCAUCUUUUACCUAUAUUCGUUCUUUGUCGUAUGACAAGACAUGACUUUACUGUUUCUGAACUUUCAGUAAUUAAUUAACUAACUAACGAGACUAGGGUCUGGCUCUACCAUGAUGAGUAUCUAGUACACACUUCUAUUCUGAUUAGAGACUGAAAGGUCGACUUGUUCAAAUUUCAAUUUUUGUUGUUGACAAGACAUGUAACAAACUGCAGAAGAAUACCGAAGUUAAAAAUAUGAACAAAGGAAUGUCUUUCCAGGGAAGAGCAUUGAAGUACAAGAAGUUUAAUCAUUUGCGCCCGGUUUUUCAGUCUAACCAACCUAAAUAUAUCAUAUUUGUCCGUCUGUGAAUACUGCCCAUACACUAAUACAUAAACUUAAAUAAUUCAAAAGAGAAAACACAGAGCAGAUCCACACA